AACAACAUCUUGACUUUUACUCUUGGUAUGAGCUGCCUUCUCACAUUAUCACACAAGAUUUUGUAAUUGUAAAGCUCAUUGCACACAGCUGACAACCUGCUUCAGGAAUGGCAAAGAAAGUGUUGAUUGUGUAUGCACACCAGAGUGCUGGUUCAUUCAGUGCAGCAGCCAAAGAUGCUGCCUUAGAGGUCUUAACUGCUCAGGGCUGCAUGGUGGAAGUUUCUGACCUUUACGCCAUGAAGUUUAAAGCUACUGCUACUGCAGAGGACAUCACCGGAGAAAUUAAGAAUGCUGAACACUUCCGUUAUGCAGAGGAGACAAAAUCAGCAUGGGAAGCAGGAAAACUAUCUGCUGACAUCACUGAAGAACAAUGUAAACUCAUGGCGGCAGACUUGAUCAUCUUUCAGUUCCCCAUGUACUGGUUCACUGUUCCUGCAAUCAUGAAGGGCUGGAUUGACCGAGUGCUCACACUGGGCUUUGCCUACUCUCAAGAGAAGCGAUACACCCAAGGCAUCUUCAAGGACAAGAGAGCCAUGCUGUCCUUCACCACUGGGUCUCAUGAGUCCAUGUUCAGUGCAAAUGGCAUUAAUGGAGACAUGAAUGUGACACUAUGGCCACUUCAGAAUGGCAUCCUGCACUACUGCGGCUUCCAGGUUCUGGCCCCUCAGAUCUUCUGGGCUCCGUCUCAUGUUCCUUCUGAGGCCCGCAGCACCAUGCUGGAGGUCUGGCGUACACGACUGCAAGGUCUCCUAGGAGAGGAACCACUUUCCUUUACUCCCAUGGACUGCUUUGAUGGGGAGAAGGGUUUCCAGCUGAAGCCUGAGGUCCAUGAGAAACAUGCCAACAAAGAGUUUGGACUGACAGUGGGGAUCCACCUGGGCAAACGGCUGCCACCCAACAACCAGAUGAAGGCUGGAGUCUGAAGUCUGCAGGGCCUCAUUUAGUGUCGUGUGUGUGAAAUAAAAUCUGACUAAAACAUGA